CUAACGCGAACUGACCGAGUGCGAUAAAUCCUUUCGAUUCUAACGGAUCAAGGAGUCUGACAUUACGUUUGAAAGGAUCGAAAUUCAAGGAUCCAUGGUGUAGUGACAUGUUGACGGGAUCGGUGCGUCCUUUGUAGCUGUCCUUGCGUCAGAGUUUUAUGAUGCAUACCACGAGUUCAUACGGAUCGCUACCCGGGAGAUUCAAUUGCGUGAGAAGAGCAUUUUUCAAAGAAUCCUUCAUCGGCCGAGAGAUCGAACAACACGGAGUUUUUUUUGUAGUGUGCUGGCUCGAAGUUGGCGAUCUUACAUGGGGCAAUGCGUGUCGCGUAAGGCGGGCGCCGUCAUCGCAGCAUCCGGCCAUCACGAUUCGCCCUCUUAUAAAAUUAUGGACAAAUCCGCCAAAAUUCAGAAUGACAAUAAGGGUGCAUCGAAACGUGGCGCUCCAUGCACGCGGGGUACUGCAAUGUCGUUCGGUUUUCGUAGAAGACCUACCACAGGAAUCCCGGUACCGAUAACAAAUUAUGCAACGGAUGUAACGUUCUUACACCAACGAUCAAAGUCAGCUGGUCCUGAGCAAACUCGUAGACGAGAUGACGAUGUUACUUACCAGGCCGUUCAAAACUCAUCCUCCGGAAGAUCAACGCCACGACUGGCACCACCGAAAAAAGAAGCCACUGGGGUAUCGACGAGAACAAAUCGUUUUGGAUACAGGCAAUCGCAGGGCAGAUACACGAACAAGGUCGGUGACAUCUGCAACAGUCAUAGUGUUAGCCACUACAAUCAGGAAAGGCUUCAACAGCAACAACAGUAUCACCAACAACAACAACAACAUCAUCAGCAGCACGAGAGUCACGUUCCUAAACAACAGAACAGAGUUGUACAGGUUUAUAAUGUAGCUACAGGAUCGAAGCUACGAGCAUCCUCGGCAAACGUGUCGUCAGCGCACAACAGCAGCAAUAGCGGUGGUAGCAGUGGUGGCAACAAUAAUGUCACCAAUAACGAUGCCAAUCGAAGAGUUUCUGGCAUUCCCGAAUCAGUAGCCAGAUACACGUUACACGCAAGUCAUCUCCCACUACCCCAAUACGCUGUAAGAAUGAGCGAUACCAAUUCGAAAAUCGCAAAGACAGUUGCAAAUCAAAGUAGAAAAAUUUCUACUGGUUCUAAGAGCUCGGCUAGUUCGAAGGAAGGCUCAGGUACCGAGGAUUCUGGUGUUAGCAGCCACCAAAGUUGUCCGGGAGAAAGCGAAAGGACUGAUGGUUACGAUUAUGUAGACGGUGCUAUGACAGCUAGUAGAAGAAGCUUUGGUCGAGGUAGAAAUUUAAAAAUGGUAGUCAGUGGUAAGAGUUUUGACGUUCGAGAUGUUGGAGAUGACGAUAGCACCGUUACCGAAAUAUCCGUAAUACCGUUGCCAAAAUGCUUCGCGAGCCCUAAUUUAAAUACCGGCCUGGUGCGUGAAAGAGCGACGCAAUAUCAAAGAAUCGUUAACAAGGACAACAGGUACACGAGUUCCAUAACUUCGAUGUCAACUACUUCUUCAGAAGGAUACGACGAGGGUUUGGGCGAAGAGAAAGUUUACAAAGACAGAUCUCGUACCGAGAAAAUACCUUCGAUCAAGUCUGACUUUAGUUUGCCUAGCUCGGACGAUCCCGAGUACGGUCACGGGGAAGCAAUGGCUGACGAGUAUUCGCUUAGCUCGAGCGACGAGUGUCAUCGUUCCAAUUCUAACUCUACGCAGCAUAUAAAAACCAUAUCUGACGCUGCUAAGAAUGGAAAUCUACCAAAAAGUACUCUUCGUUCCGUCCUUCUAACCAUCGAGGACCCAGCAUUUGCAGCAGCUGCUGCUACCUCUACCGCCUUAAUAGACGACGAAACGUCACCAGUUGACAGUCUUUUUGACAGUCCUACGGCCAGUAUCACACAAUCCGACGACAAAGUGUCCAAGAAGGAAUGCGUUAUGGAACGAUCUGGGAAUACAAUAGACGAUGACAGUCCUGGCACUCCUACCAAUGCCUCUAAUUCGCUCAGUUUGUCAGAGGGAAAAGAAUUUUUUGACGAUGAAAUUGCCGAUCAGCCUGGAUUAAUAUUCGACGAUAAUUCGGUCGUUGCGGUUGAGACUCAAUCCGUGGCAAUUAAUCAAGUGGUCACAGAAAACAGUCACACUUUGGUCGAAUCGAUCACUAAAUCAAAUAUACAAUCUGGAAAAAAUUCUGGUAUUAGUCCUUUUCAUGGUAAACGAAUAAGUCGUGCCGGAAGCGUCGAUACCUUAUCACCUUGCGAAUCAAUUGCUUCCGACGAUUUGAUGUUAGAUUAUGAACGCAGUGACGCAAGUUCAACCGAGGAUACGCAUAAUCGAUUGGAUUCUAAUCCAGCGUUGCACGAACUGGACGAUGCAACCAUACUUUCCGAAUUGGAGGCACAAGGAGAAGAAGUGAUGAGACAGUGGACCUCAUUAUUGGGCACGACUCAACCUACGCAACAACAAACUUCUAAUUCUAAUACUGUAAACAAUAAUAUCAACAACAGCAUCUCUAACAACAACAAUCACUCCUCUACGGAAUCUGGAAUCAUAAAUGGCAGAAAUUCGAGAUUAUUGCGAAACAGGUCUGGUGCAGAAUCACCGCGUUCGUUGGACAGCGUUCGUAGUCGUCAAAUACCAAGUCCUCUAAGAACACCGAGAAGUAUUCCAUCUCCCAGUUUUGAUUCGAGCGACGACACAACCAUCAGAAUUGAUCGUGCAACCUUCCAGUAUAUGUUUCAAGACAUUGUCUCUCUUAAGACUAUGCUCUUAAAACUAAAACGAGUACUUCAGGAGUCAGGAGAGAACAGUUUGACGAGGCCAGAAGCUCUCAACCCAUUCGAUAAUACUGUGAAGAAUGGUCUCUUCUACACCCUGAGCGAAGGUGGUACAGCGGAUGUCAGCACGUCACCAGGAAGCGGAGGAAGUAGUAUCGCCGACGAGUUGACGGAUUUACGUAGACAAGUGGUCUUUUUACAAGGACAAGUAGAAGAUAAAGAUCGAACUAUACAAAUACUUCAGUUUCAAAUGGCAAAAUUAAAAGCUUCGAAUGGCACAGACGUCGAAAAUAAUACGUCGUCGGCGAAUUGUAGUAAAACUUUGCUAGUGGACAUGUGCAAUGCUGCCACGCAAACCGAAAAGAUACGACCAGUGUCAGCAGGACCUUCGCUUCUGCAAUCACUUCCCCAAGAUAGCACAAUAGGGCCUUUCGUCAGUUGGAGUGAUUCAAGGAAUUGCCAACGUCCUUCAUCGCUAGGAGAGCUUAACCAUUUUAGGAACCUACAUAGAUCGACCGACAAUUCGCAACACAUAUUAAGACAGCGGCAAUCACAAAGUCAAAUUGUUAAAACAAACAUGCGAAGAAAUAUCAUAAAGAAAUCCCUUGAACAAGAAAAUAGUUAAGAAUCCAACGUGUCUAAUCAUUUUUUUCGAGCCGAAUGACACACACUCGUGCGGUAAAAGCAAAACGAUGAUGAUCAUCCACUUUAUUUAUCAUAUAAGUAGCAUGCUUAUCAAUUAUAUACGAAACUUCUUCGAAUGAAUAUAAAAAUAAUAAUAAAAAGAAAUAGAAUUUCUAAUUUAUUUGAUCGUUCCUAUAAUAUUAAUUCUUUCUGCUUUUACCUCACGCUCGUAAAUACUAUUUUUAGUUUGAUAAUCUGCAAAACAAUGCAAAUGGUCAAAAUCUCAUCAUCUAUUAUUCAGGUCAGAAUAGAUGCAUAAAAAUACGUACAAUAAAUUGGCGUCCAUUUUAUUAAUCAUUCUUCUAUUAUUUACUCUCAUUAUCUUUAUAUUAUAUUUCAAAUCUUUCGAUUAGAAAUUAUUUAGCAGAAAGAAGAACUGUUUUACUAUUACUACGAAAAAUCUUGCCUUAUAGUUUUGCUUCAUCUCAUUUGUUAAAAGUUCAAGUACCACAUACAAAGCGAUCAAUGUUAAUACGAUCUCAAACAGUAUGCGUAACGUAAUUAAUAUGAAGAAUUGUAUUUAUUAAAACAAAUAUAUAUUAUUUGAAAAUUCAUUACUUACUUUUAUACUUUUUUCUCUUAUUAAUUGAACUAAAUUUUAUACGUUAUGCAACUGUUCUUUAUAAUGUACAAUUUCUGGCAAGAAAUAUUCAUUUUAUACUAUAUUAUACAGUCAGGGUAUAUUACAGUAAGUUUAAAUUUAAUUGUUUUAAUUUAUUUCGUCCGAUUAAAACAAUUCUCGGUGCUAUUUAACUGUAUAUCAAAUUAUCAAGACAUUUUCUUUAGGUUUUAUAAAAGUCUCAAAGUUGUAGAGCAAAGUAAUAAUAAAUUACAUAAGAUUC